GUUAGAUUCCGGCGUGGGCGCAUGUGUAAAUAUUAAGUGAUAUUUUAUAAAAAAAAUAUAUAUAUAUUAAAAAAACGCCAACAAUUACAUAUCUAAUAUGGAGUGGUUUUCGACAGCUGAUGGAAAAUAUAGAAUAGAGUCUUUGUCGUCAAUUACAUUUCCUGGUGCAUUAGAAGUAAUUCGGACGGCUUUUUGUCAAGAUGAAUACGUAUCGAUAGGAAGUGAGGUAAAUAAAAAUCCUAAGGCUGCUGAAGAAUUGCUUGAGCUAUGCGCCGAUGCAGCUCUAGACGGCGUCUCCUUGGUAGCAGUAAACGUUGAAACUGGAGAAGUCGCUGCUGUCGCUUUUAAUAAGAUUCAGGUUAAGGCAAAUGACGCAUCUGAAAAACCAUUUUUCGUUAUUUUUUCUGAAGAGCGAUGCACUCAAGCAUCGUCCCGAUCGCUCAUAGAAUUUAUGGCCGACGUUGAUGAGAGAUGCAAUUUAUUUGAAAAAUACAAAGUUGACUGUAGUCUUGAGAUUAUGUUUUUGGCUACAUUACGCAACUACAGAGGACAAGGCUUAGGAAAACUUCUUACAAAAUAUUCCAUAGAAGUUGCCAGGAAGUAUAAAUACGGUCCAAUUGCGCCAUUGUGUCCAAAAGAUCUGGGACCAAAAUAUUCCAAUUUAACUUCUCGCAAACCUAUAAAUACAUAUCCCAAGAUUUGUCAAGCUAUCUGGACUGGAAGAGCUUCUCAGAAUGUUGGAAAAGCUCACAGUUUUACUGUGCACUUGACAGUACCUUUUUCGGAAUUUGUUUUCAAUGGCAAAACUUACUCCGAGCGCAUCGGAGACGUUUCCUCAUUUUGCGAAGUAGCAGCCCUAUCUCUGUAAGAAGUUGUAAAUUACGGAAGAUUUAAAGCAGAGAUAAAAUAGCUAGCAUAAAUUUUAAGGAACGCUGUUUUAAUUACAUUUACUGGCGGAAAAUAGCUAAUAGACAUCUCAGAGAACAUUAUUAUGAGUUAAUUUAACAUAUAACUGAUGUGUAUUUAAAGUAAUUAUUAUAUUUCAAAUUCGAUACAUUUAUGUUUUGUGUCGUAAAAUAGUAAAAGUUUAUGCCAUAUCAAGAAGGAUAUAAAGAAAAAAAUACAUUUCAGUUUUAUAAA